GGCGCCUUCGGGGCUUGUUUAUGCUUUCGCUCCACACAUGUUCGUUGUCGGGAUACGUGUACCGCAGAUUGUAGCUCGUUGCCUGUAUUCUCCGGCCCUCGUGUCGCUGCCAUGAUCCCAAUCCCGGUGGUUGUGUGUGUGCUUGGAGGCUGGUGUGCGGUUUAUCUGGUGGACACGCUGCUCAGGUCGUCUCAUGCCGUGAGGAGCAGCUAUGAGUCGUGGCUGUCUGCCAGCGGAUUGUCGCUGUCCCCCUUUCACGUCCGAUGGCACACGAGUGUGUUCAACCGCCUGUUCGCCCGGUGUGCACUCCUCAACCCGCGCUUCCUUUACGUAUGGUUUACAGCUGGGAUGGUGUUUGGGAUUGUGGCCAUGUUUGGCUCUGUGGUGCUGUUGGGUAGGACUCUUCUCCAGACUCUCAGGCAGAUGAUGAGCGAGACUCCUGAGGGCUCCCACGAGCAGGUGCUGCAGGUGGUGGUGCCUGGCGUGAACCUGCCUGUCAGCCAGCUGGCCUACUUCUUUGUUGCUAUUUUGGUCAGUGGUGUCAUACAUGAGUUUGGCCAUGGGGUGGCAGCACUGAGAGAGCAAGUGAGGCUUAACGGAUUUGGCAUGUUCAUGUUCGUGAUCUACCCGGGUGCGUUCGUAGACCUGUUCACCACCCACCUGAACCUCAUCUCCCCUGUGCAGCAGCUGCGGAUAUUCUGCGCCGGCGUGUGGCACAACUUUGUGCUGUGUGUGGCGGUCGUGUGCCUCCUCCUCCUGCUCCCGCUCCUCCUGUUUCCUUUCUACUACACCGGCGCAGGGGCCCUCGUCACGGACGUGGUGGAGGGCUCUCCAUCCAGUGGGCCUCGUGGGCUGUUUGUGGGGGACCUGGUCUCUUGGGUGGAGGACUGUACCGUGCGGGGCGUGGAGGACUGGCACUCAUGUCUCCAGCAUGUCGCCCACCAGCCCCAAAGUGGCUACUGCGUCCACGGCGCUGACCUCCGCCUCAACCAUGCCGCCGGAAGAGCUUUUAGGCGCCUCGAUGGGACUGUGGAGUGCUGCAGUAACAGCAGCCUGACUGACCUCUGCUUCACCUACCGCAAUAACCUAGAGAGCAAACAGUUUGCCUGCCUGCCGGCAAGAAAGACCAUCCAAGCGAGUUGGACGUGCCACACCAACACAGAUUGCCAGAGAGGCUCCCCCCCGAGCCUGUGUGUAAUCCCCUCUCUGGAGAACCAGACUCGCCUGAUACGGGUCAAGCAUCCGCCCCAGGAGGACAUGCUCUUCGUGGGCUACCCCUCCCACCUGCAGUUCUCAGUGAGUCUAACCAACUUUGUGCCUCGCCUGGCCUUUCUCCAUCUCCACCUGCCUGUGAUGCUGGAGACCCUGUGCAAGUACUUGGUGUCGCUGUCAGGGGCCCUGGCAGUGGUGAACGCAGUUCCGUGCUUCGCGCUGGACGGUCAGUGGAUGCUGAGCGCCUUCCUGGAGGCCUCGCUCGGCACGCUGCUCCCGGAGAAGAACAGCCGAGAGCUGCUGGGCUUUUUCAUCCUGCUAGGCGGCAGCGCCCUGCUGGCUGCCAACGUGGCCCUGGGAUUAUGGAUGGUCACGGCACGAUGACGGAUGGGCACCUCCUCCAAACUGCGGUGUUACGGGGGAGGGGUUUGUUUUAGUGACUCUUUCAGACGAGUAAGAUUUGCGUGAAAUGUUUAAAGUGGUGGAGGCUGACUCCCAGCACGCAACACGAGCAGAGUGAGACUAGUGGAGUACAGCAGGGUGUCUGUGCCCGUCUGUCCCACAUCCACGCUGAUGAGUUGUGAUGCGGGAGUGUCCGGAGCACUCAGACACGGCAUCUCAGGGGAGACCCAUUAUGGACCAUGAUCUCUAACCUAGUGCCUGUGAAGAAUGACCCUCUGGACCCCACACACACACACACACACGUUAUUUUUAAACGCGUACAUCAUGUAUGCGGUUCUUCUUCACAGUAAAGGUUCUUCAGUAUGUUCGUUCUUAUAUUUGCCACUGCAACCACGAUGCCACAUUCCAAAGUGUGAGACAUUGUUUCACUACACAGACAUGUGUAAGAGAAUAUAAUACUUGAGCAUCUAAUAUUGCUUUAUUCAUCCAAUGAUUUUUUUUUUUUUUUUACUUGAUUAUUCAUAGCAAUAUAUCUAUAGUAUCUUGGUUGUUUGUUUGUUUUUUUUGUUUUUGUUUUUUUUUUACAUCAUAUUUACAAUCUAUACAAUCAAAUUGAUGGGUUUUUCUGAACCAGAAUUCUCUCUUGUAAAUAUCAUAUUUGCAUAAACAUGAUGUUGAGUUGUUUCUCUUUACUGUGAUCUCUCACAGUAAGCCCCACCUUGCUUUAAAUAUGGGCAAAUAAGUUUCCACUACAAGCUAUAGUCCUGCAUAAUAUAGUGAUUCAUCCUGAGACGGCCUGUCCUAGGAUGCGUCUGCUCGGAGCAGGAAGGUCUUUGAACUGCAGUAGAACGUCGGGACGUGUUCGGUGUCAGACACAGAGCCGUGACUGUGGCCGUCAGCCCUGUUUACAGACCAGCAGAUAAAGUGCUGUUAACUUUGUCCACACUGGUUCCUGCUGCCAGGGGGAUGGAGCAGAGGUGUAGGGCGGUUAGUGGGCGGCGCCUGUCGGGGUGUGGUGGAGCACAUCUCAGCCUUCAGAGGUGUAGCUGACCCUUCAUUUCAUCUCUCUUCCUCCCUGGACUUUAUAAGAUCAUAAAUAUGCCUGCUGGAUUAUAGGACACUUAUUUUUAAUGGACGGUGCACGGUCAAGCUAAUGACUGAAGCGCAAAUUUGGAAGCAUCAUGAGCAUUUGCAGUUAAUAUAAACGGAGGAGUGUACUGCUAUACUUUGCCGCAAAGUGGAUUAAGUGUUUUGUGACUUUGUGAAGCUAGUUGAUGGCGAUAUCCUUGAAUGUCAUUUAUGGUUUGACAACGGUAAUGAUGAUGAUGAUGAUGGCUCCAAUGUGCCUGUUUCUUUUGGUGGAACCGUCAUACUCCCCUGUGCUGUGAUGAGUUCUGAGAGCUUCUGUUUUUGGUUUUCUGGAGGUUUUGUCAUUUGGAAGAUGCUACAAGAUACUGAAACAUGAUUUGACGUAAAAGCAUUAAGCACCUGUAACAGUAAUAUACGAUGAGAUCUGCAAAAAAAAAAAAAAAGUACUUUUUUUUAUUAUGUAUGGGAAAUUUCACAUACAUUGCCCAGUUUUGUCAGUGCUAGCAAGUGAAUCAAAAUGUAAACCAAAAUAUACAUUCUAGUCAUAUAGUGAUACUAUGCUUUCUAGGUCACAUGGGAUUUAAAUUCUUGUGGUAGACUACACUUGCAGUGAUUGAUGUCAACCACCAGGUGGUAGUGUUGUCAUAAACCAUACAGGGGCAGUGUGAGGAUUUUAUCGACUUGUUAUGCAUCUGCCAAAGUGCUGCCACCCGAAUCAAAAGGAUCUAACCUAGAUAAGAUGAGGCAACAUACUAUGCAACAUUGGUGUCUCAUAAGAGUCUGCCAAGCUGUUGUGAAAUACUGAACCUCCAAUAUCAGCCCGGUCCACCAAGUCUGUCUCUCUGUCCUUAGCUUGGCCUUUGCUGUGCAGGUUUAGACUGCUCACUUCACACCCACACAGCCCUGUACACUUGUACGGUUAUUUGUGGCUGUCAGCUACUGGAUGAUGGAUUACAGGAAGCUGGGAAGUGAUUCAUCUUGUCCUUUGUUAUAUGGUACCUCCUACGCUGGUGUAGCUCUUCUGUCCCUGGAGGCCCCUGUUUAAGGACUGUGCUCGUCCCUCAUAAUGGACCGAUGGCCGUAAACAGCGCUUGGCGGGUCCCUCCCCUGGAGGCCAUGGCAUUUUUGGCCACUUCCUCCCGGGGUGGAGUGUGUGGUCAGUGCACGCCCCCAGCCCCCAGACUUGGACCAUGGCCGACCAUCGAGCUGCGUUAUUUCAAAAGGACGUAAUUAUACACGCAUGAGCUUUGGGUGGAGACGGAAGAUUACAUGACAUUGGCAACAUUGGUUGUGUGUGUGUGUGCGCGUGCUUCUGCUAAGUUUAGGAAGAUGGGCCCAUUUCUGGGUGUUGGGAGAUCUCGCAUAAGUUCCCAUACACUACCCUGAGUCCUCACUGUGUUUACUGGAUCAGCCCCUACUGUAGAAGAGCUCAGGAAACAUGCUACAAGUUUCCUGGAAUCUUGGUCAAAUGUUCCAUUAAAUGUUUGACUGACUGUGUUUGAAAGUUGGGGGGUGGUGGUGAGCUGAUGUGAGUUGCUGAUUCACUGUGCACGUGUUUUUUAAUCUUCUUUGCAUUCUGAGUAUUUGUUUCCCCCCAGCAUGGUCUGAUUACUAUUUAAUCAACACCUCUGUCAUUUACUCAGGAACAGAAACAAAUCUAAAUGCAGUAUGUAAUAUCAGGCUAGACACACACCCCCACCUUACCCACUCCUCUCUCUCUGUCUGUCUACAAAGCCAUUCCUGCCAUGCUAUAUUCAGAGUUUUUCUCCAUCUGUCUGGGUUCAUGAUAAUAAUUAUAUUUGAUAACAGUGAGUAAUGUUUUUUAAGGCCCUCUUCCUUGUCUUGUCUGUGCUUGAGUGUGUGUGCAUGCAUACAAAUGCUUGUCCAUAUAUAACUCUUUGCUGUUUAGUAAACAUGUGACAUGCAUAAAUUUACCCUGAAGGUAUAAAUGAUCUAUUAUUAGCGCUGUAAUGGAUGCCUGCUGAGA